GGGGGGCCUGCGGGUGACGCGCUCGCUCAGUCGCGCUGGGCUCGGGGCCGGGGCGGACGGGCCGUUCCGGGUGCGCGGCGCUGGCGGACCUCGCCGGCGGGGAGGAUGAACACCAUCAAGAACGUGCCGGCGCGGGUGCUGAGCCGCAGGCCGGGCCACAGCCUGGAGGCCGAGCGGGAGCAGUUCGACAAGACGCAGGCGAUCAGCAUCAGCAAAGCCAUCAACACCCAGGAAGCUCCAGUGAAAGAAAAGCAUGCUCGCCGCAUCAUUCUGGGCACACACCAUGAGAAGGGGGCCUUUACCUUUUGGUCCUAUGCCAUCGGCCUGCCCCUUCCCAGCAGCUCCAUCCUCAGCUGGAAGUUCUGCCAUGUUCUCCACAAAGUCCUCCGUGACGGACACCCCAAUGUUCUCCACGAUUGCCAAAGGUACCGGAGCAACAUUCGGGAGAUUGGGGACCUGUGGAGUCACCUCCAUGAUCGCUAUGGACACCUUGUGACCAUUUACACCAAGCUUCUGCUGACCAAAAUCUCCUUCCAUCUCAAGCAUCCACAAUUUCCCCCAGGCCUGGAGGUGACUGAUGAGGUUCUGGAAAAAGCGGCUGGGACGGAUGUCAACAACAUCUUCCAGCUCACCGUGGAGAUGUUUGAUUACAUGGACUGCGAGCUGAAACUCUCGGAAUCAGUCUUCCGACAGCUCAACACGGCCAUCGCUGUGUCCCAGAUGGCGUCGGGCCAGUGCCGCCUGGCGCCCCUCAUCCAGGUGAUCCAGGACUGCAGCCACCUCUACCACUACACCGUCAAGCUCAUGUUCAAACUUCACUCCUGUCUGCCAGCCGACACACUACAGGGACACCGGGAUCGUUUCCAUGAGCAGUUUCACAGCCUCAGAAACUUCUUUCGAAGAGCCUCAGACAUGCUUUACUUCAAGCGCCUCAUCCAAAUUCCACGACUGCCAGAGGGUCCUCCCAAUUUUCUGCGGGCCUCCGCUCUGGCCGAGCACAUCAAGCCGGUGGUGGUGAUCCCCGAGGAAGCCCCCGAGGAUGAGGAACCGGAAAACCUCAUUGAGAUCAGCACCGGCCCCCCGGCUGGAGAGCCCCCGAUGGUGGCCGAUCUCUUCGAGCAGACCUUCGGGCCCCCCAAUGGCACCCUCAAGGACGACAGGGACAUCCAAAUUGAGAACCUGAAGAGAGAGGUUGAGAUGCUCCGAGCUGAACUGGACAAGAUCAAGCUGGAGGCCCAGAGGUACAUCACGCAGCUGAAGGGCCAGGUGAACGGGCUGGAGGCCGAGCUGGAGGAGCAGCGCAAGCAGAAGCAGAAGGCCCUGGUGGACAAUGAGCAGCUGAGGGAUGAGCUGGAACAGCUGAGGAAGGCCAGGCUGGAGCAUGAGCGGGCGCAGGCCCUCUACCAGGAGGCUGAGAAGAAGGCCUGUGCAACCGAGGCACGGUACAGCAAGCUGAAGGAGAAACACAGCGAGCUCAUCAACACUCACGCUGAGCUACUCAGGAAGAACGCAGACACGGCUAAGCAGCUGACCGUGACCCAGCAGAGCCAGGAGGAGGUAGCCCGGGUGAAGGAACAGCUGGCCUUCCAGAUGGAGCAAGCGAAGCGCGAGUCGGAGAUGAAGGUAUCCAUCUCCCUCCCACGCUCUCCUGGGGACCCUCAGACCAAGAGGGAGCGGGGCCAAGCCAGAUUACCGCCCUGGGAGCCCCAUGGGUCCGAGCUGAGCUCCAAGCUGGAUGCCCUUCACUCGGAGAAGGAGUCCCUGAGCAGCACCGUAAGGGAGCGGGAGGCCGAGCUGCAUUCCGUACAGAGCCUGGUGCAGGAGAAGGAGGCCGCCCUGAGCCGGGAGCAAGAGCGGAGCAGCCGGGAGAUCGGCGAGCUGCAGGGCAAGCUGGCAGAGAAGGAGGCCCAGCACCAGGGGCUGCAGCAGAGACUGUUGGACGAGCAGCUGUCCGUGCUUCAGGGCGCCGUGGCCGAGGCAGAGAACACCGUGAGGGAUGCUGUGAGCAAGCUGGAUGACCCCCUGCAUCUGCGCUGUACCAGUUCUCCAGAUUACUUGGUGAGCCGAGCCCAGGCCGCCUUGGACGCCUUGAGCGCCCUGGAGAAGGGGCAGAUGAAGUACGUGGCCUCCAUGACCGACUCCUCUGCACUGGUAGCAGCGCUGGCCCAGUUUUCUCACCUGGCCGCAGACACCAUCAUCAACGGGAGCGCCACCUCGCACCUGGCUCCCACGGACCACGCCGACCGAUUGACCGACACGUGCAGGGAGUGCGGGGCCCGGACCCUGGAGUACUUGGGGCUGCUCAAGGACAGGCAGUCUCUGCCACAGGCCGACGCCAGCCAGAUGAGGGGCCCUCUGCAGGGCAUCCUCCAGCUCGGGCAGGAGCUCAAGCCCAAAAGCCUGGACGUGCGGCAAGAAGAGCUCGGGGAUCUGGUGGACAAAGAGAUGGCCGCCACAUCGGCCGCCAUUGAAAACGCCGUUCGGCGGAUUGAGGAUAUGAUGAACCAGGCCCGUCACGAGAGCUCGGGUGUGAAGCUAGAAGUGAAUGAGAGGAUUCUCAACUCCUGCACUGACCUCAUGAAGGCAAUCCGGCUGCUAGUGAUGACAUCUACCAGCCUGCAGAAGGAGAUCGUGGAGAGUGGGAGGGGGGCGGCCUCCCAGCAGGAAUUCUACGCCAAGAACUCGCGCUGGACGGAAGGCCUCAUCUCAGCAUCCAAGGCCGUGGGCUGGGGAGCCACCCAGCUGGUGGAGUCGGCUGACAAGGUGGUCCUGCACACAGGGAAAUACGAGGAGCUUAUUGUCUGUUCCCACGAGAUCGCAGCCAGCACGGCCCAGUUGGUGGCCGCCUCCAAGGUGAAAGCUGACAAGCACAGUAGGAAUCUGAGCAGGCUUCAGGAGUGCUCCCGGUCCGUGAACGAAAUGGCCGCCAAUGUGGUGGCCUCCACCAAGUCAGGCCAGGAGCAGAUUGAGGACAAAGACACCAUGGAUUUCUCGGGCAUGUCAUUGAUCAAGCUGAAGAAGGAAGAAAUGGAGACCCAGGUGAAGGUGCUGGAGCUGGAGAAGACGCUGGAGAAUGAGCGGAUGCGACUGGGGGAGCUCCGGAAGAGGCACUAUGCCCUGGCGGGGGGGGUGGACCAGUCCCCCGAGGAGGAGCAGCAGCUCGGCCGCCCUGUGGCCAGCCCCCGCCGGGGCAUCCUGAAGAAGCCCCCACUCGCUCAGAAGCCCACCCUGGUGCCCAAGCAGGACUGCCAGCUCGAGAAGGAGGAUGGCGUCUACCAGGCCCAGCUCAUGAACUCCUAAGAGUGCUCAGCUCUGGCUUUGAAGAGAAAUGAGGCUGGGGGACCCUUCCUGGCCCCAGGGCAAACGGGAAGGCUCCCUCCUAGCUCCCCUUUACCCAGACGGCCAAGGAGACAUCCCCCAGACCCAGCUCUGCAGGGCUUGGGGCGGGGAAGGAGUGGACUCCAAAGCCAGGAGAUAUCUGUGUUUUAAACAGAUCACAGCUGGAUUUCCACCCCUGGUUUGCUGUAGCAUCUUCUCCACCCCUGGUGGCCCAGAAGCCCUGCAGAGCCGCUUACUUCAUGGGCCCCCUCAAGCAGAGGGUGGGAGGCAAACCGAGGGCUUUGUGGCUCUCGGGCCCGCGAAUGGCUGAGACGUGCCGGACAGUGCUCCACCCUCGCUGUGAUUAUUUA